AUGUACAAUGAGGAGGAUAGAGCCGAUUUGGACCAAGGAUUGGGAUGGAUCACGUUCUUGGCUAAGGGAGAGAAGAUAAUGGUAACCUUUAGGCAGCUGGAGAUCUUGUUUGGUUUCAACUAUGGAGAAGGGAUUGAGUGGAACUUCAAGGAAAAGGAGCUCCAAAGGAUUUGGGCUACAAUUGCUGAAGUGGGGUACUCUUCCUCACGAUCUAAGACCGCUCAAAUCAGGAGCCCAGUGCUUAGGUAUGUGCACAAGGCACUCGCUCACACCUUCUAUGCAAGGAAAGCAACCGGCACGAUCAAUGAAGGGGAACUCAAGCUUCUUGACAUGGGAAUCAAACCCAUCCUCUCUCACACAAGCGAUGGCAAGAGGAUCAGAGGAGACAGGUCCAACACAGGAAACUUGAUGCCUUUCCUAGAUCACCUCCUCACCUACAAGACCACGGCCUACAACACUCGCCAUCAACAAGGGAGAAGACUAAGUGUUGGAGGAAUCAUCACUCCCAUCUUGUGUGCUGCUGGCGUAAACCCAACUGAUAAGAGAGCCACUGAACCAGAGUGGAUGGACAUCAAAUUUUUCAAGGUCAACCGCCUCAUAGACCACAAGGAAGUGAAUGGGAGGUACCAAUUCAAGUUCACACAUCCAUUGGCUGGUCCUUCCAAACUUCUCCUGCCCAACCCAGAGCUCACCACAGUCGCCAGGGGUGAGAACAUCGACUUCAGACCCCUUGUGUACACUCUAGUUAGGCAUGAGGAUGAGUUGGGAGAAGAGGAGCCUGAACUCGAUCGAGCUGAGGAUCAAGCUGAGAUUCGAGCUGAAGAUCAAGUUCAGGAGAAUGAAAGUUUGGGUGAGCCUGAGUGUUAUUACUUUGAGGAGUAUGAAGCUCCGAGGAUGAACCCCUCUGUUGUGGCUGCCCACAAGAGGAUUGGACUCCUUCAAAAGUUCAACAAAUGGCAAGGGAAGGCCAUUGAAAAGAUGCAAAAGUCCAUGGACAAGAUGGUGAGCAAGAUUAAGAGUUUGGAGAAGAAAGUCUCUGGUUCUUCAUCCAAGAAGAAGAAGGCAACCAUGGCCCCCACAUUCCCAAGGAGUAGAUCUCUCCUCACCACUCCAAGGAGGCUUCCUGCCAAAGAGCCUCACAGAGCCUCAUCAUUUGAGCCAAGGGAAGGAGGAGACAACUCGCAGAGGAGGAGGAAGAGUUCCAAAGCCCGACGCUCCAACUUGACCACUGGACUCGAUCGAGUCCAAACAGAGGAAACUCAACUCGAUCGAGCUGAUGGUCGAGUCAGCCUUGAGGAAUCAGGAUUCGAGAACCCUGGGUUCAAGUACGAUCCGACACCUUACCAGGAGUGCCCUCGGAGCAGAUGGAACCCCUAUGGCUAG